AUGUCAAAUCUUGGGAAUAAAGGCUCUUCCAGGAUCUUAGACUCCGACAAGUAUCAAAGGCGGCAGAAGGGUACGAAAGGGAAGUACAGUAAAGAUAAAAAGCUAAAUGCAGGGUUGAAGAAGGUUGACAAACAGUAUAAAGAUGCUGUCAAAUCGGCUGCCAGGACGGAAAUAUUGUUGCAAGAGGAAGCAGGAUUCUUGGAGGCAGAUAGUCCAAUGGAAAAAACUUUCAAAUUCAAGCAGGGUGAAAUACAAGAUGCUGUGGAUAUAGGUACAUCUAAUAAGAAGUUUUCAUUGAGCUUACCUGAUUAUGGCCCUUAUACGAUGAACUAUUCGCGAAAUGGCCGCAAUCUCUUAAUAGGAGGUCAGAAGGGACACGUCGCUUCUGUAGACUGGAGAACUGGAGGCUUAAACUGCGAGCUCUUCUUGAAUGAAACAGUGCACGCAGUCACAUAUUUGCAUAAUGAUCAGUACUUUGCUUGUGCUCAAAAGAAAUAUACAUUCAUAUAUGACAAGACUGGCGCUGAGCUUCAUAGACUAAAGCAGCAUAUAGACUCCAUAUUAUUAGACUUCUUGCCCUAUCAUUUCCUUUUGGUGAGUGCAGGAAAUACCGGUUUCUUGAAGUAUCAUGAUGUGUCUACUGGAGAGUUAGUAAGUGAAUUAAGGACCAAAAUGGGUCCCACUCAAGCUAUGAAGAAAAAUCCUUGGAACGCUGUUAUGCAUCUAGGUCAUGGUAAUGGGACAGUCUCGUUAUGGGCACCAAAUAUGUCUACGCCCUUGGCAAAGAUACAGUCAUGCAGAGGUCCAAUCAGAGAUUUAGCCAUUGAUAGAGAAGGAAGAUAUAUGGCCGUGGCUGGAGCUGAUAAAUCUAUAAAGAUAAUGGACAUAAGAAAAUUUAAAGAAGUUGAUAAUUACUAUUCCCCUACCCCCGCAUCUUCGUUGGAUUUCUCUGAUAACGGAUUAUUGUCAGUUGGAUGGGGACCACAUGUGACCGUGUGGAAAGAUGUGCUAAAAGCAAAGCAAUCAGAUCCGUAUAUGAACCAUUUGAUACCCAGUUCGAGGGUUGAGAAGUUGAAGUUCUUGCCAUUCGAAGAUAUUAUUGGAGUCGGUCAUCAAAAAGGGUUUUCUUCGUUGAUUAUCCCUGGCUCUGGUGAGGCCAACUACGAUUCUUUGGAAAUUAACCCUUAUGAAACAGCGAAGCAAAGACAAGAACAGGAAGUCAAAUCAUUACUUAAUAAGUUAUCGCCAGAUACGAUCUCACUUGAUCCUAACGUCAUAGGCACUGUCAAUAAGAAUGCUAACAGUAUACGGUUGAAGCUGAACGAAAUCAAUGAGUUAUCUGAUGGACAGAAUGGCAACAAAAUGGAAAUUCGACCGGAGGUCAAAGGUUCAAACUCUUCCUUGAGAAAACAUUUGAGGAAAAAGCGUCAAAAUGUUAUUGAUCAAAGGAAAAUGAAAAUUGAGAAGAACUUGAAGCUUGAGAAAGAAGCAAGACAAAGAAGAUUGAAUGAGUUAAAUGGAAAGCCAGAGGAGAAAGAUUUACUCGGCUCUGCAUUGUCCAGAUUUGAGUAA